CACUUUUCUCUUGUAUUACAAAAAAAAGAAUCAUGUCUCCACGCACUUACUUCAUCACUGGCAGCUCUCGAGGUAUUGGUCUUGAGUUAGUCAAGCAACUUGCUGCCAAGGGCAACAUUGUCAUCGCGUCCGCUCGUAACCCUGACGGUGCUGAGCAGCUCCAACAGUUGGUAGACAACAAGAAGGUGUUUGCUGUCAAGUUGGAUGUUCAAAGCGAGGAAUCAGUCAAAGCUGCAGUUGCCAAGGUCAAUGAGAUUUCCCCUGACGGUAUUGAUGUUUUGAUCAACAACAGUGGUAUCAUCGCACCUAAGGGAAGCAUUUCUACUACAACCGAUCCCGAAGUCUGGGGAGAAAUCUAUCAAACCAACGUGGUAGGCGUCGUCCGUGUCACUCAGCAGUUCUUGCCUGUGCUUCGCAAGAAAGACACCAGACAGAUCAUUCAAAUCAGCUCAGAUUCUGCCUCCCUUGAGCUGGCAAAUCGAGCUAACCUCAACGCUCCCUACCACUGCUCAAAGGCUGGUUUAAACAUGUUUUCAAGGUGCUUGUCGCACGACCUUGCCGACGAGAAGUUCACCUGUGUCUGCAUUCACCCUGGAUGGGUCAUUACUGAUAUGGGUGGCUCCAACGCUGAUUUGACUACUGAGGUAUCUGUCUCAAGCAUGUUGAAGGUGUUCGAAAAAUACACUCAGAAGGACAAUGGCUGGUAUGGCAACUGGAAGGGCGAGCGUAUGCCAUGGUAAAUUUGUGAUGUUAGCUUUUUGUUAUAUUUGACCAAAUUUUGGCAUGUACUGCAAUAGCCUGUUCAAUAUAACUGUUGUAUUCUACAAAAUAUGUAUCGUGU